UUCUCUACAGAAGUAAUAAUUAGUUUGUGAAACAGUUUGUGGUGUGUGAUAAAAGAAAUUGUAACAAGAUGGCUUUGCGUUGGGGUAUUUCUUGUGCUGGUUUGAUUGCGAACGAUUUUGUGAACGCGUUGCAAACAUUGAAUCCAGAAGAUCAUGAAAUUGUUGCCGUUGGUUGUCACGAUAUCAAUGAAUCCAACAAAUUGUGCACCAAAUUCGAAAUUCCAGUCGCUCAUGGCUCGUAUUUGGAAUUGGCAAAGGAUCCAAAUGUGGAAAUUGCAUACGUUGGCACAUUGAAUCCAUGGCAUUACGAAGUAUCCAAAUUAAUGUUGGAGCAUGGUAAGCAUGUGCUGUGCGAAAAACCAUUGUGUAUGAACUCGAAAGAAGCCGAAAAAUUGAUUGAACUUGCCAAAGAGAAGGGCGUUUUCUUCAUGGAAGGCAUUUGGGUACGAUUCUUCCCAGCCUAUCAACACGUUCGCAAAGAAAUCCGCAGCGGUGUACUUGGUGACAUUUUGUCGGUUAAGUCGGAAUUUGGAAUUAAGGAUCUGGUUAAAGUCGGUCGGCUGUCAAAAAAAGCGAUGGGCGGUGGAACCAUUUUGGAUAUGGGAGUUUACACAAUUCAAGCCUGUCAAUGGGUGUUGGAAAAGAAUCCAGUAUCAAUCAAAGCCAAAGGUAGCCUCAACGAAGAAGGUGUUGAUGUGGAGAUGUCAGCCGAACUUGAUUACGGUGAUGGCAAAAAGGUGGAAAUCAACACGAGCGCUUUGGACCAACUCAGCAACUCAGUGAAAAUUAUUGGAACUAAAGGCGAAAUUACGAUUAACGAAAUCUUCUGCUCAACAAGAAUUAUCGAUAUUGAUGGAAAAGAGAAGCAUUGGCCAUUGCCACCAGCUAAAUUUGAUUUCCAUUACCCAAACAGCUGUGGCCUGAGAUACGAAGCCGACGAAAUCCGCAAAGCCAUUCGUGCCGGUAAAAAGGAGCACGAAAAUGUACCACACGCCGACAGUUUGGGAAUUGCUCGCGUUCAAGAUGAACUCCGACGACAACUCGGUGUCCACUACGAAGGACACGAUGAUUAAUUUAUUUAGUUCUUGUUACAAUUUUAUAUAUUAGGCUGUUUAGAAAUUCACCGAUUUUAAAUCAACAUAGCUCAUUUUAUUCGUUACACGUUGUAUAACAUUUCAUAGAAGAAACUUUUUUGAAAAAAUUGAUUCUCCGAUUCUUCUUAAACACGAUUAAGAAUCGGCAUAUUUUGCGUAACGUUUCAGAAAAAUGCGCCGUUUUCAAAUCGAUACGUUUUUCUGAAUUGUCAAACAAUGAACAUAAAUGACAAAAAUUUCCAUUUUAGUUUUAUGACCACAAACCGUUUCACUGCUGAAAAAUAGUGAAUAUUGUCAAAAUUUAUAUUAAUUCUAGAAAAUAGAUCACAUUUCUUGUCAAACUUUGUCAACAUUUUUAAAACAUAAAAUAUUUUUGUAUUUGUAGUAAUGAGAA